UGGGGACAGCGGACGCCCGCCACGUCCAAUUUCGCUCCACCAGUGUCUGGCCGCGAGCUGCCGACGCGCUGGUGACAGGGGUCAUUUAGAUGCGACGCUGAGACGGUCGGUUUAGCCCAGGCCAGACAGUCAGACAGACACACAGACAGACAAACGGAGGAAAACAGGGCCAGGGUGGAUGUCUGAAUCUGCAGUUGAUAUCUUUGUAAGAAACAGAUGCAGUCGUGAUCUAAAAGCCUGAAGACAUUUUUUACUGCUGCGUCUGUGUAUUUGGAAGCUGUGUCCGGUUUCUGAGGUCACAACCGCAGUUCCCUUUCCUCAGCUGGAGCUCUGCUGGAAACCGGCGGUAAACAAAAGUCCCACAAUUCAUCUGCAGCUCAUUUAUUAGCAGAGGAAGCUCAAGAGGAAGUAAAAAUUAAGGUAUUGUUUCCUGCAGUUGCAGAAAAAAGAGGCCAGAGAUCCAAAAUGGGAGGCAAGCUCAGCAAAAAGAAGAAGGGAUACAAUGUAAACGAUGAGAAGGCCAAAGACAAGGAUGCCAAAGCAGAGGGGGCAUCUGCUGAGGAGAGUGAAGCACCGAAAGACAACAAAGACGAGGCACCGGCUGCCACCGAUGCUAAGGAGGUAGCGAACGACACGGCGGCCAAGGAUGCGCCAGCAGCCGACGCUGCGGCACCAAAAGAGGAGGAAAAGAACGCAGCUCCUGCCGCAAAGGAGCCAGAGAAACCUGCUGCCAAUGCCGAGCCGAAAACAGAGGCACCCAAGAGCGCAGAGCCCGCCAAGGCUGAGGAGAAACCAGCUGCCUCCGCCCCGGCCAAAGAAUCAGCCCCUGCCGCCAAGGAGCCUGAGGCUAAGUCUGCGGCACCUACCCCGGCGGCUGAGAGUAAAGAUGAGGCCGACGCCAAAAAGACUGAGGCCCCCGCGGCACCAGCAGCCAAAGUCGAAGCGGCCCCCGCUGCCUCACCUGACCCCAAGCCCACAGAGGCGGCAGCGGCGGCUCCCGCACCGGCAAAGGAGGCCGCCGCAGCCCCUAGUACAACACCAGCCGCUGAGCCUCCCGCCAAGGAGGCAAACGCUACAGAGGCACCAAGCAAGGAUCAAACCGUAGCAGUUCAAGAUUAAUGGACAGCUUCUUUUCGGAAAUGAAAAAAAUAAAGUACCUAACUCAACGAUGAUGAAGAUUAAAAAAAAGUGAAAAUGAAAUUAAUUAGCCCACCCAUAUUAUGAUAAUAACAAUAAUAAUAAUAAUUGUAUUGAUGAUGAUUUGUUGAAUGAGGAGGACUGAAGCAAACCACCUGGAGAAGUUUCCCACCGCUGCAGAUGAUUAUUGCUAUUAUUAUUGUUAUGUUUGAUUUUAUUUUUUUCUGCUGUAGUAUUUGAACUUUGAUACGAGUCUGUGUCGGCCAUACGCCUCACCAUUCCACAUCCAUCAUCCCCUCUCCCUCAUACAGUCAAGAGGUUUAACCCAUCUCAGCCCACAGAGGAUUCAUGCAUCCACCUGCACCCUCUGUUCUGUGGAUCAAAAUUUGGGGACUAAGGGAAGGAGGUGGGCGCGGGGGGGGGGGUAGUUCAAGAAAUCACUUUUACCAGCUGGACCAUCGAAUCUGUCCACUCUUCAGCUCUCAUCCUUUUCUUCAGAGUAUCAUGUCCUCGGCUUUGGCCUGGUACCUACAGUUUUGCGGUGCCGUGGAAUUGUGGUCGUAUCCCCUUUUUCAACCCAUCCUCCCCCCUGGCUUUUCUUCUUUUUUUUUUUUGGUAUUGCUGGGUUGGGUUGCUACCCAUUUUUUCUCGGGGGGAACUUUCUCUGAGAAGAAAAAAAAAAUUUGGGGGGGACUGAGAAUGUUCGGACUUUCUAAGACAUUUCGAAGGUUGAGAAAGGCCGACUCUGCAGAGCAAAACAUAUUCUUAGACGUAACAAAACAGUCGUAGGAAUUUUUCAGAUAAACUUCUAGAUUUUGUACUGAAACCGUUAGGUAUAUUGUAAGGGAACUAAGCGGUUUUUUAACAUUUGUAAUACGCUUCUAAAAUCUGCAAAGCCUUGCCGAAAAGAUCUCCGCAGUGUUCUUAGACAGCCCGAUGGAAAUCUCUGAUCCUCCGUUCAAAUCCGAUGAAAAAUUUUAACAGAUUGUUUUUAUUAUAAAAAGACAUAUGUACUGCUGACCUGGGUGAAAUGGGCUUUACAAUCAUGUCCUAGAGGUUGUUUGACCUUGCUUAGAAUACCAAGCUGGUGACGCUGGAGGAUUCAGAUCGCGUCGGUUCAGAGGCGUCUUUAAAAAGAAAGUAAACUAAAUUGGCUCUUAAGCUCUUUUCUGUUCUUCUUCUGUGCAAGAACGACUUCACUUUCUUAAGUAAAAGUGGCAUACCACAAAGUAGACAUACAGUAGAUAUACUGUAAGUAAAAGUCCUGCAUUCUACUCUAAGUUGAGGAUUAGCAGCUAAAUAUACUUAAGAAGCAAAAGUAUAUUGAUAUAGAGGACAGUGGUUCAAGUGACAUAUUUUAUGGGUAUGUCAUAUUAUAUUCAGUGCAUACCAAUAACAGAAGUCUGUAUUAUGAUUUAUUUUAUUUAUAACAAUCAAACAGACUUAUAGGCCUCUUUUUUUUUGACAAAUUCUGUGUUUGUUCCCUGACACUUGUUUUAUUAGCUCUUUAGUCUACUGUGAUAAUCAGCCUUCUGUGUAUAUUUUUAAAGUUUUCUUACACCCCUUAGAAUCAAGAAGGUCUUGCGACCCCCUGUGAAGCUUUGGCGACAUAUAGUGGGGAGGUUAGGUGAAAAUAGUGGACAUUGGUGCCUACCACAUGUUAUUGCAUUAGUAAAGAAAAAUCACAAAAUACCCCCAAAAAAUCUCCAACUUCUGUCUGUUUUCACAUUAUGGAGAUAAUGUCAUCCUCAGACAUAAUGAUCUUGUCGACAAAGGCAAACAAA